AUGGCAUUCGAGUUGAGUACAGUGUUUUCGUCCGUUCCGGCACCGGUUGCACUUUUCGUGCUUUCACUAGCUCUUUGGGCAAUCUGGGAUACGCUUGAUAAGCAUGGGUUGAGGUAUAACGCCAUACGUCGAUUUCCCGGACCUCCGGUAUGGCCACUAAUCGGUACAAUAUACUACACAAGUGGGUUGGAUCCAGCAAAAACAUUCACCACCCUUAGAAGCUUCCAUACCCUGUACAAUGGCUCCUACAAACUGUGGGUCAACAGUGCACUCUUUUCGCUCAACAUUACACGAUGUCAAGAGGCAGAGCCGUUUCUGAACGGAACGCGAAACACAGACAAGAGUAUGCUGUACAAAUUUUUGCAUCCGUUUCUCGGGGUCGGCUUGCUAACCAGUGGCGGCGAAAAAUGGCUUCAUCGAAGACGUAUUCUCACACCCGCCUUUCACUUUAACAUUCUCAACGGCUUCUAUCGAACGUUCUGCGAAGAAAGUGAGAAACUGACCAAGCUAAUAGACGAACAAGUCGAGCAAGGUGUUACGGAGAUCGAGCUACA